UCCAUUCACUUCAAUUGAAUCAACUAUUUUACUAUUUUUUGGGAAAAUGACUACUAACCAUUUUGUCCCAGUGUUAGAAUUUGUUAUUUGAACUGCAAGGAGUUUUACAAGAUUUGUUAUAAAGAAAAUCCUCAUUCUCAUGACAUUUCCCUAUAUAAUUCAAUUUUUGGACAAUUAACCACUAAGCCAAGAGUAGUUCACAUGUACAUGAUGUAUGCAAGAUAAACACAUACCUCAUAUUUCCUUUUUUAGUUAACUAGUCAAAUAUGUGUUACAAGGACAUUGGAUUGUUAAUUUUUAUUUUUCUGAUUUUAAGAAUAUUAGUUGCAGUGCAUAAUGAAUAAUUUUACCUAUCAUUAGCAAGCUUGAAAUAUCUAUGUUCCUGCUUGUACAUUAUAUUAUACUAGUAUUGUAUCAAAUUUGAGGGCAUUAUACUAAAUUACUCUGUUUAUUGUCUACAACAUCACAUUUUUUAUAUCUUAUUUCUUCUUAUUUUGCUCAUCAAAUUUGUUUACGCUGUACGAUGAUCAGCCCAUGUUACCUAGUUUGAAAAAUUAUCAGAUAAAAAUUUUGAACUCGUAAAUGUAUAGUGUUUGUUCUUCCUUACCUUACAAAAAGAAUGUGAUCAAGUAUGAUCCAUCACCUUGAGCUAAUAUUGAACAGGAUACUAAAAUAAGAUGUUGCACAAGUAUACUGCAUAUAGUGUGUAUAUAUUUACUAAGUAAUAGUUAGAUCGUAUUAAGUAAACAUUUAGCGAUUAAAGCUGAACACGACUCGUAAAUAGGCAUACGCCAUAUUAGUUUUCCUCUCUCCUAUAUCAACACUAGGGUAUAUAAACCCUUCGCAUUCGUUACACCUGAUUGCUUUUACCUGGUCGUCGCGGUGUGAGCAUGUGUAUUCUAUAUCUACAUUGCCCUACUUGUUUACGUUUUAUUUCAUUGAACGUGAAUUUGUGCUUAUUUCACUUUGUAAUGCAUUGACCUGUGCAACUGAUAUCGAAUAAAUUUGAUAACUUUUUUCCUGACGUGGCAGAGGCAUACAGAAGUCAUUUUUGUUGCGCCGAAGUAUAUCACAAUGACAGAGAAGGAGACGUGUGUUCAGGUAGAAUCCGUGAAUCAAAUGAUUUGAACAAUGAACAAAGCUGAGGCUUACAUAGGGCCUGGAGGAGUACAGUCUGGAGAAACUAAUAUGGCGGACAAAGAUAGCUCCUCUACCUUUUACGAAUCGUGUUCAGCUUUAAGAAGGGGCGGAGGGAGCACAUCGACCUAGUCCCUACAAGUUUACCGAAAGUUUACUUAAUAUGAUCUAACUUACUUAGAACAUGACCCGCUUCUCAUUGGCUGUUCCCAAGUUCUGCGCCAAUCAAAUGUUUCCUCUCUUUCGUCUUUGUUUACCAAAGCUGUUAAAUGAAAAUUUGACCCACUGCGAACAGAAAACUCUUAACAAUGAAGUGCAUCACUUAAUAGUAUACUUUGCGACUGCUGAUUGGAUGAAAGAGUGGGUUGUGUUCUAAAGAGAAAGAAAAAUGUACCUUCUCGAAGUAAAACCUUGUAAUCUUAAAUAACACAGGAGCAUACCAAAGCAUGAGUAUAAGGGAAUGAUAUUUAAUUGAGAUACUAUGACAACCAUUGACGCAUUUUAUUGAUUGUGAUAUACAGUUUCUGUUUUCAAUUUUGUUUCCUGUACUUAAGCCCGGCUUUCAGUACUUUGAUUCAGAAAUAAUUAAAAGAAAACGAGGUAUUUAAGGAUGAUAUGUUGACAUUAUAUGCGGUAUUGCUAUAUCUAGACUUGGAGUCGUCUCUCUCUGUCAGUACUUACAAAUGUAUAAUUUGUGUUCGCUGUCUGUAUACAAGGAGGUACAGUUGUGUAUAGAAUAUAUCUAUCAUCAGUAAAAAUCAAUGAUGUCCAAAAAAAAAAAAAAAAGUUAAACAAAUAAAAAAAAACAGUUUCAAAAUCAAUCUCACAGAAAGGUCAAUGGAAAUGAAUGCUGUGUGGUCCAGAUCACUGCUUGACAUGACAUUUACAUAGAGAUUUGCAAUUUAUUUAUGUUAACAGACAAACACCAAAAAAAAAAAAAAAAACCCGAUUGAAAUGAUUAUAUUAAUUAAGAAUAUUUCAUAUCUGAUCUGAUCGGGGAGGGGAGGGGGAAAAAAGUGUAUACGGGUAUUUAGACAGUGUGCGUCACGUGAAUAAAAAUCCGUGCUAUAUUCGCGCUACCCUGUUUCUGUGGGAGAUGACAUGAUGAUGGUCGCAAAAUUUUUUCUAUGGACAUUGUUUGUGGUCGUUAAUUCCACGUGCCAGAAAUGUUGGCCAAGCACUCCGUCAGUGGUCCGAUGUUUGGAAGCGAGACAAAUGCAGUGCGUGGAACUGAUGUUGGGAACGGAAGGUAUUAAAGACCUUUGGGUGUGGAGCUGUCAAACGCAACUAAAAUUCGGAGGGGAGAACACUGACAGUGGGGCGAUCAUUGGAGUAGACCUAAUAAGAAACAGAUUUGGAAGAAAGUGUCACAGUCGUGCAUGAACACUUGGUGUAGAUAUGAAGUCAUCAUCGACUAUGACACCUGUCGGGACCGGAGAACAGAGUUCAUCUUCUCCAUCACCCCAUGAUCAAACUAUUGCUGUUACUAGUGUUAGUCAGACAACUGUGGCACCUGUCACCACAGCCGGGACCGGAGAACAGAGUUCAUCUUCUCCAUCACACCAUGAUCAAACUAUUGCUGUUACUAGUGUUCGUCAGACAACUGUGGCACCUGUCGGGACCGGAGAACAGAGUUCAUCUUCUCCAUCACCCCAUGAUCAAACUGUUGCUGUUACUAGUGUUCGUCAGACAACUGUGGCACCUGUCGCCACAGCCGGGACCGGAGAACAGAGUUCAUCUUCUCCAUCACCCCAUGAUCAAACUACUGCUGUUACUAGUGUUCGUCAGACAACUGUGGCACCUGUCGGGACCGGAGAACAGAGUUCAUCAUCAGUGAUAUCAGCUUAUACAGUGAUGAAUCGAAAAUCUACUAUUAGAGCUAUGACUGGAAAAAGGAUGUGGAAAAGGAUUUCUAAACAGUUACAUCCAAAGGAAUACAGAACCAGUUCAACACCAACAUCUGGAGAUAGUUCGUUCGAUCAACCAGAAGUGUCAGGUUUCUUUGCUUGGGCUACAGUAACUACGGUAGCUUUGAUCGUUGUCAUCCUCAAAAGACUUUUGUCCCAGAACUACUGUAAAUGCCAUUGCACGGCUCAUCCCGAACCUAACCAGCAAUCCAACCAGCAACCCAACCAGCAACAACCGUUUGAGAAUAUUCCACUUGUUACCUUGCAUACUCCUCCCUCUGCGGCUUCAACCCCAAGUUCUUUAAGCUUCAGCACCCCCGAUUCUGCAAAACCUCUGGUACCAGAAAAAAAGUUUUCACCUGUAUCUUCUCACACGCGAUCGAAAUGCGUAAAAAAAACUUUAAAGAUGUCAUACAAGUAAUUUUGUAUCAGAUUUUGUGAGAUUUAUGUAUUUGAAGAAAUGUUUGUAGCAACAUGUUUUAAGACAGACAAUAGAAAAAAAAAAGUUACUUCAAAGUACUUGUAAGGUGCACGCAAUGGACAUUCAGUUUUACUUUCAUGUAUCAGUACAUUGAGGGUAUAUUUUAUCCAAAAAAAGAUUUUUUUUUUGCAUGGUGUUAUCGUAUCUUUUUUUUCCGAAGGAUAAUUAUUUUGUACUGUCUAAAAUAUUAGGAAAAGAAUUUUUUUUGGGGGGGGGAGCUAAAAGUAAAUUUCAAUAUUAGAGUUAUCUUUCUUUGAACACAACACUUUAGUAUAUAUAUAUAUAUUCAUUUUUUUUAAAUUUCUUAAUUUGUAAUGUGAAACAAUUUCGUGAGAUUUUUUUUUUAUUUACAUAAUCAUAACUCAAUACUAAAACUAGUAUACAUUUUAGAUGAGUACUUUUCUUUUUUUUUUAAAUGUUUUCUUAAAAUUUCCUUCAUUUGUAAAUUGAUGGUGGUUAUCAUGCUUGUAUAAUUUUUUGUGAUUUUUUUUCCAUAUCAUUUAACUGAUUUUAUGACUAUUUGGGAUGAUUACUUGUACAAUUUUAGAAUUUUUUUAUGAUGAUAAACAGUAAACAACACUUGUAUUUUAUAUUGUUCUUGAAAGAAUUUGAGAUACACUUUUUUAAAAAAAAACAACAAAAAAAAAACAAAAUGUUUUAUUGUGAUGACUUAUAUAAUUAUUUUAAAUGAAAAUCUUGAAUACUUUUUAUUGAUUUUUGAAAAUGAUUCUUGUUUGUGAUGCUAAUCACUACUUGUAUAAUUAGUGUAGAUGAAAAUCUUUUUGUGAUGCUACACAGUACUUUUGUUUUUGAAAGAUGAUACUCAAAAAGAUAUUGUUGGAGUUUUUUCUUUGAGUGAUUAUUAUUGAUUUUUAAAAUGAUUUUUUGUGAUACUAGUCACUACUUGUUCAAUUAUUUUGGAUGAAAAUCUUUUGCAAAUACAACACACUUUUUUUUAAAGAUGUACUCAAUAUAUAAAUAAUAUUGUUGGGUAUUUUGACAAAGAUAUUGCUGGAGUUUUUUCUUCGAGUGAUUUUUAUUGAUUUUAAAAUGAUUUUUUGUGAUGCUAGUCACUACUUGUACAAUUAUUUUGCAAGUACAAGACACUUUUUUUUAAAGAUGGUUUCUGAUUAUACAUUGCAUAAAUGUGAUUUUGUUUUUGAAAGCAGUUUAUAUUAAAGUCAGUUCAUAUCA